AACACGGAUCCGAAGUAUGACAUAGAAGGGAUGCCUCUUCGUGGCAAAUAAAAGCCCUCGCGAUUUUGACUAGAUGAUCCCUUCGACCAUAACACCCGAAUACUCACUCCAAUUCCAACCAUGCAGCUCACGCUCAUUUUCACCACACUCGUUACAUUUGCUGCUAUUGCUGCGUCACAUUCGACGCCAAAAUUGGUCAAAAAACAUGCUUCUCUGGCUAGGCGCCAGGAACUUUCCUCCAACCUCAUCGGUCAUCUUAAACCCAGGCUUGGGAUGCCCGAUACACCUGAUAAACCUGAUGAACCUGACUCGGUUGACUUUGGCGAUACGCCUGAUACACCUGACUCGGUUGGUUUUGGUGAUACACCUAAUUUUCUCGCGUCGUCUCCCCUCCCAUUUCCUCAUCCCGCCAGCUCCUCUGACUCUGACUCCUCCGACUCUGACGAUAAGUCCGUCGAUUCUGACUCCUCCGACUCUGAUUCCGACGAUAAGUCCGUCGCUUCUGACUCUUCCGACUCUGAUUCCGACGAGAAGUCUGUCGAUUCUGAUUCCGACGACUCUGAUUCCGAUGAGAAGUCCGUUAAUUCUGACUCCACCGCCGAUGCUGAUGCAAGCGGUGAAGCCGACGAUGACGACGACAUUGAUAAUGAUGACACAGGAAGUGAGGAGCGCGGGAUGCGCGAGGAGGGCGAGGAGGCUGAAUCUUACCAUGCCCACACGAGAAGGUCUGACACAAUAGACAGUGGCGACACGGGGCGUGAGGAUGUUGGAUCUCAUUACGUUCACAAGAGAAGCCCCCACUCCCGCGACCCUAAAUCCUCCGCCUCUCAUUCAACCGACGAAAGUGACAAUAGUGACAGUGGCGACACGGGGCGUGAGGAUGUUGGAUCUCAUUACAUUCACGAGAGAAGCCCCCACUCCCGCGACUCCAAGUCCUCCGCCUCUCAUUCAACUGACGAAAGCGACAACAGUGACAGUGGCGACACGGGGCGUGAGGACGUUGGAUCUCAUGACGUUCACAAGAGAAGCCCCCACUCCCGCGACCCUAAAUCCUCCGCCUCUCAUUCAACCGACGAAAGUGACAACAGUGACAGUGGCGACACGGGGCGUGAGGAUGUUGGAUCUCAUUACAUUCACGAGAGAAGCCCCCACUCCCGCGACUUCAAGUCCUCCGCCUCUCAUUCAACUGACGAAAGUGACAACAGUGACAGCGGCGACACGGGGCGCGAGGAUGUUGGAUCUCAUUACGUUCACAAGAGAAGCCCCCACUCCCGCGGCUCCAAGUCCUCCGCCUCUCAUUCAACCGACGAAAGUGACAACAGUGACAGCGGCGACACGGGGCGCGAGGAUGUUGGAUCUCAUUACGUUCACAAGAGAAGCCCCCACUCCCGCGACUCCAAGUCCUCCGCCUCUCAUUCAACCGACGAAAGCGACAACAGUGACAGCGGCGACACGGGGCGCGAGGAUGUUGGAUCUCAUUACGUUCACAAGAGAAGCCCCCACUCCCGCGACUCCAAGUCCUCCGCCUCUCAUUCAACCGACGAAAGCGACAACAGUGACAGCGGCGACACGGGGCGCGAGGAUGUUGGAUCUCAUUACGUUCACAAGAGAAGCCCCCACUCCCGCGACUUCAAGUCCUCCGCCUCUCAUUCAACCGACGAAAGCGACAACAGUGACAGCGGCGACACGGGGCGCGAGGAUGUUGGAUCUCACCGUGUUCACAAGAGAAAGGCUUUUGUUUACCAUCUCAAGGCCGAAAAGCGCUACAACUAGGCAAUAUAUCCGAGAGAGCUUUCGAAUUAGGGAAGGGUUGCGAGAAGACGUAUUGAGUUUAAUACAUCAUAGAGCUACAGCAUCAACACGCAGGCUAGCUCAGGUUGGUGUGUUAAAAUCGAUUCUGGAGAUCCUUAUUAUUUGCACGAGAAAGCAGAUAACUUUGUUGAAUCGAUUAAGACGAGCACUGACGAUCACAUUCCGAGUUUCUUACCUACUGGCAAGGCUUCACCUUUUAGAGAUCAUAUUCGCGAGAGGUUCGAGUAAUAAGUUCCCUACUUCUGCACCAAAUAUUCGCGAGUUACGUCUCUCUAGCCACUGCAUGCGGCUGCUACUAUGUCACUGCCAUUGGCUCUUUGCUAACGAUAA